AUGUAUCAAUCGUUUUUAUGUUGCUGGUCAACUUUUAAACCCAGACACUAUAAAUUAGUUGAUUCUGUGUAUCCAAAAAAUGAAUUAGAGUCAAGACCAAAUGCGAAUAUUGAUAAAUUAGUAUUCUAUUCAUGUUCUCAUGGAGAAAAAUUAUCUAGAAUAGGUGAAUAUUUAUUUUUAAAAUUGAGUAGAGAUUUGUAUAGACAAAAACUUGCCAGAGUCAGAGUUGGUACAGAAUGCUUUAUAAGAUUAUUAAAAUCAUCUCAUCAUCAUAAUUCUCAAAGUUCAUUCAUAGAUUCAUAUCUUAAGAUGGUUGAAAAAUUAUUGGAAACAAAUGAUUCUCAGAUGGAAGAUUUAGCAAUUGAAUGUUAUAUAGUAUUUGCACAAAUUGAUGAGGUACAACCAAAUUAUUUACGGAGAUAUGAUUCUUUCAUACCUAAAUUUUCAUCUAUGUGUUUUGCAAAUAGGGGAAAUCGUAUUAAACAACAACGUUGUAAUGGUUUAAAGGGUCUUUUGGCUUUAAUAUGGAGGGCAACCUCUGCUGAUUAUCAUUCCGAUUUCUGGAAUCAUGAACAUAUGGAUAAGGUUAUUCCAUCAAUUUUAUUUAAUAUCAAAGAAGACGAUGAUGAAACAUCAUCAGAUAAUGUAAGAUUUUCAGUGAAUACAUUUUCUUCACAAGAAAACACAGAACCUUACAUUAUUGCAGCUGAAUGUUUAAGAGAAAUAAUGGGAAAAUCAUCUUAUGGUUCAUUUCAAUGUGUCCUAGAACCUUUGUUAACUUUUUGUGAUGAUCAAAAGAAAUGGCUUCCUCCAGCAACAUUUGCCACUCAUGUUUUUAAAGUGGUUGUUUAUUCUAUUCAAGGAACUAGUUCAAUUAUUGUUAUAGAACAAUUACUUAAGCAUUUAGAUAAAUUUAAAACUAAAAAUGUUCAGGAACGUAUUGGUAUGGCUACUGUUCUUUCAAAUAUUGUUCUUAUUGCUGGUCAAUCUAUUGGUCCACUUCUACUAGCAACAUAUAAUAAUAUGUUAAAAAAUUUAAAAAUGUCUGUUACUUUUCAGAAAUCUGGUAGAUGUAAGGAUGUUGAAAAUGAAUUAGUUUUCCAAGAAACUUUUACUCAUGCUAUAGGAAAUUUUGCCUCAAUUUUACCUGAUUAUCAAAAAGUAGAAAUUAUGACUUUUACAACAAAUGAGAUAUGUAAAAUUCCUGAUAAUGAGGAAAAAGCAAGUAUUGAUUCAUAUUAUCAUCAUGUACUUGCCAGUACAUUCUUAAAAAUUGCAACAAAAUAUAAAACUGUUUAUCUAUCAAAUUUGUUUACAGAUAAUUUUAUGUCAACUUUACUUCGUUUAGGAUUACAUCCAAAUAUUGAUAUCAGAUUAAUUGUUCAAAAAAUUUUUCAUACACUUUUAGAUAGAAAAAAUAAUCUUAAGAAUUUAGAAAAUCUUCAAUUUAUAAAUGAGAUAGAGGAAUUAAAUUUAACAAUAGAAAAAUGUUCUAAGGCGGAUCAAAUGUUUUCAAGGCGUUUUAUAACCUCUGUUUCGGAUGUAUUUUAUGAUAUAAUGUUUCUUGUACCAAAUGAGGAUGAAAAAGUUAUUUCAGCACAUAUUGAAGCUAUCCUUUGUACAAUGUCUCUUUUUUGUGUUGAAGUAGGUUGUGAUGAGACAUUAGUAGAGAUGAUCCAUUUAUGUGCUAGUUACCAGGCAAUGGCUAUAAAUAUUAACAAUGAUUUUAGUACUUUAAAAAGAUAUAAUAUUCAUAUGCUUUGUGGAAAAUUUUUUAAUUUUAUUUCACUAAUCCUUCAAAUACCAUCAUUCCUUCAACAUGUCAAAGAUAUUAUAAAUUUAAGAAAAGAUAGUUUAACUAUUGAUUCUAUUGAAAAUGGAUCUUUUGAAGAAAUGUUUGAUAGAAAUUUAAUUGUUGAAGCUUUAAAGGCAAGUGGACUUGAUGUUGGAAGAUUUAACAUUCCAUUGGGAAGUAGUGCAGAUAAAAUGGGUAAAGAUCCUUUAUUAAAAAUUGGAACACCCCAUAGGAAAAGUAGUAAUUUUAGUAAUGGUGAUUCAAGAAAUCAAUUUAUAUUACCUAAUAAUAUAUCUUUUGACAUUAGUAUAGAUUGGUCACCAGAAGCUUCUGAGGCAGGAACUAGAAGAAAUACAUUAAUUGAAAAUAAAGAGAUUGAUACAAUUAAUUCAUCAACUAUUGUUUCUUUAAGGCAAAUAAUGCAUUCACCUAAUACAUCUUCUGAUGAAAUUAGAAAAGAUAAAGAUAAAUCAAUUGCUUUAUUAAUGCCAUACAGAAAAGGGCAUAUAGAUGAUGUGUCAAAAGCAUUAUUAAGAGAUAAUUCAUCUAAUUUAUCUACUAAAAUAAAAAAUAUUAUUGAAAAAACUAACAUUCAAGAGGAGGAACGUAGUUAUUUAAGAAAUAAACCAAAGAAUGUUUUUGAUAUUGCUAUACCAGAAUCUUUUAUUUUUUAA